AUGUCUGGUCCUCUCACUCUCUGCUGCCUCCUCGCUGCUCUCAGCCUCACGCUGACCGCUGGUUAUUUAACCGUCUCCAUUGAGCCUCUUCCUCCUGUUGUCAUUGGAGACACAGUCACACUGAAGUGCAACUUCCAGACGGACGGUAGCCUCCGGGAGAUCGUUUGGUUUCGGGUGAGCACACAGGUGACUGAAGGAGGCAGUGCCAAGCAGAAGAUCUUCACCUAUGAUGCCAUGUACAACACCAGCUACUCCCACAUGGAGGACCAGCGGAGACGGGAGGACCUGGUCUACCAGUCCACUGUGAGGCUUCCUGAGGUCCAGAUGGAGGAUGACGGCCUGUAUGAGUGCCACGUAGGAAUCUAUGAGAGGAGCUCCACAGACAGAGUGAUCCUCGCCUCCGGCAGCAUCAGCCUCACUGUCAUCGUUCCUCCUAAGUCUAUCUCUGUGGUGGCCGCCAACAGCCCGGCGCCGUUCAGCCGCUACGAGGCCCAGAACUUCACUCUGGUCUGCAUAGUGACAGGAGCAAAGCCAGCUCCGAUGGUGUACUUCAAGCGGGAUGGUGAGCUGAUUGAUGUGGUGCCAACUGCACAGUUUUCCUCCCCAGUGGACGACCAGAGCAAGGGCCCAGGUCUAGAGAACAGCUGGGACAAGGCCCAGUCAGGGCUCUGGAGCUCCCGGGCUCUGACCAGUCGAGACCUCGAUGACACCAAACUCCACAAGUCUCUGUCCACUCUGGAACAGCAGGGGAAGCCUGCCAGGCUGGGCCAGGACGGUCCCGAACAGGACGGCGAGCAAGCCGAGUCAGAUCCUGAGCCGACCACUGAGGUGAUCCCUGAGACGGUGGUGAGCCGGGAGUUCCCCCGCUGGGUCCAAAGCAGCGACCCGCUCUACUACUUCCAGCACCAGCAGCAAGCGACAGGUGAUGGCACCAUGGAGGUGAGAGCCAUGCUCACCUGGAGCCUCAACCCCCAACUGGACAACGAGGCUCUGUUCAGCUGCGAGGUCAACCACCCGGCUCUGUCCAUGCCCAUGCAGGCCGAGGUCACACUGGCUGCUCCCAGAGGACCCAAGCUGUCCAUGAGCCCCAGCAAGGCCCGGGUGGGGGACACGGUGCGGAUCCUGGUCCAGGGCUUCCAGCUGGGACCUUCUGCUAGCGAGGUCUUCCCUGAGCCCAUCUUCACCUGGACCAAGGUUGGAGGUCCUCUGCUGGAUGGCAGAGAGGAGCAUGAUGGGAGGGAGCUGGUCCUGGAGAGAGUUCCUGCUGAGCUCAACGGAUCCAUGUUCCGCUGCACCGCCCAGAACCCUCUGGGCUCCACCGACACCCACACCCGCCUCAUCGUGUUCGACAACCCAAGAUUGAAGAAAGGAAAAGAACAUUUUAUUGCCAUCGAUGCAGCAGUCACUCACUGCUCCCUCUCAUUCACCUCCAUGCUGCUGCUACGGAGCUUCACCUGCCAGCUGACGUGA